AUGCAGCCAGCGCCCGUGCGCUGCGCCCCACAGUGGUUGCGCGGGCUGCUAUCGGAGGAGUUGUUCGACGUGUGCGUCGCGCACCCAGGGGAGCGCAAGAAUGACAAGAACCACUUUUGCGUGGACUGCGCCGCGGCGCUAUGCCGCCACUGCCUCCCGCACGAACACGCGCACGACGUCCUCCAGAUCCGGAAGUACCGCCAAGUACGCAUCCAGCAAAAGCUUUACCCGAGCUACCGAGAAUAA